AUGACGGGACUUUCGGAACCGAUAAAGGACCAGCUGGCUCCACUGGAGACACCCCGGGAUCUGGAAUCCCUCAUCGCUGUGGCCAUCUGGAUCGAUAAUCGUCUUCGGGAAAGAGAGAGGGAGCGUCGACGCAACCAAGAUGUUAUUCCCAGCUUCCAGGAUUCGUCUCGGAGGGUCGCGCCGCAAUUUGAGGAUUUCCAGCCCAUGUUAUCGGACCGUCUGAGGACUACACUUCCGAAUGACUCCGGCCUGUUUCUGCUAUCGCCUGUUAUGAUGGCCCCAACACCAGCCAGCAUGUGCACAGCCUUGAAGACACUCAACGGUAGCCUCAGCAACAGGCGGCGGUACAUGAAGCACAACUUCCCCAUCAACUACACCAUCAGGGUCCAUUAUGAGGAAGUCUUCAAACUGUCAAACAUUAACAGAAUGAGGUUACAUGUGGAGAGAUUGGAUGAGCUAGUUCUCCAGAGAUUGUGGUUCCAGGUCAACCGAGGCGUUUUAAAAAAGAUCAUCCGGGUUAUGCCAGGGAGACAUCCUUCACGUCAAUACACCACUGAGUUGGAAAGGCGCUUCAGGGAUGCGGAAGGCGUAUUUGUACAGUCACAUCCGGCUGAGGUAAGCCAAAGUUCAUGA